GAUUUUUAAACGUAAACAAUUAUGACAUUGACUUUUGACAUUGACACACUGUAAAUCCUACCGACCGACCAAUACAGUAAAUUCAAUUAUUGAUUUCAUUUGUAUUCUGUUUUGAGUGCUUGUGAAAAUGAAGAAUAUAUUGGAAACUCUCAUAAAUGCUUCAGAAAAGGCAGCAUGUGUCGCUCGAUCCUGCUGUGCUGGUUCCAAGAACGAAGUAUUAUUAGUAGCAGAAAAGUUUGAUGGCGACGCCAACGCCCGUUUUGAGAGAGAUUUUAAAACCAUUGCAGAUGUUUUAGCGCAGGAAGCUGCUAAAACUGAGAUAGCGAGGCAUUUCCCAGAACUCUCAGAACAUGUGAGAGGUGAAGAGUGUUCAGAGAUAGGCGGGGUCAGAAUUGAGUUGCGAGAAAAUAUUGAAGGGACCACAGAUCUUCUGCAGUACUUAGUAGCUCCUGCCGUCGCAAAGCGAAUGGCUGAAGCGGCUCAUCGCGACACAGAGCAUACAUUCUGUGAUAACUUACCCGAUAUUCCAGAAAUUGAUAUAUCUGAUGUAGGAAUUUGGAUUGACCCAAUUGAUGCUACUGCUGAGUUCAUAGCUGGAGUGCAGGGUCAUGCUGAUGCUGACCGAGGCCUUCCAUGUGUCACAGUUCUCAUAGGCGCCUAUUUAAGGUCCACUGGAGAACCUAUUGUUGGUGUUAUCAAUCAACCUUUUUAUAAUAAUGGCAAGGGAAGAGUUGUAUGGGGAAUUAACUAUAAAGGGGCACAUGUAUCAGGUGGUAAUGAUAUUCCAGACACCAAUGAAAGUAAUGUUAUACUGAUGAGUUCAGCUGAGAAACCAGAUGUUGCUGAUAAAUUCAAGCAGGCUGGAUGGGAAGUCAAGUCUGCUCCAGGAGCUGGACACAAACUUCUUAAAGUUGCUAUAGGUGAAGCUACAGCAUACAUCAUGUCACAAGGAACAACUUUCCGCUGGGAUACUUGUGCCCCCCACUCUAUCCUCCAAGCUAAGGGUGGGGACCUAAUCAGCUUUUCAACUAAAAGUCCCAUCACUUACAAUGAUGAAAUGCACAUGGAGCCACAACACUAUAGUAACAAAGAUGGCAUAAUUGCUUUUACUGAUAUGGCAACAAUAGAGAAAAUCAAGAAAAUUCUUGAUAAUUAAUUAUUUACAUAUAAAUAAUAUUUAAUGUUGAAACCAUCCCCCCUGUGAUUCCAACACGUAAUUCAAGUAGAUAAUAAGUAGUAUAUGGUGACUGAUAAUUAGUGAGCAAUAUUUGAACAUGCAUUGUACCCAUUUUUUCUUUUUUUAAAAAACAUU